AUGGCGCAUGAAGAGAAGCUUCCAUUGGAGUUGACCGAAGAGAUACUUUCACGUGUACCACCAACAUCUCUUGUUCGUUUCACAACCGUAUCGAAACAAUGGAACGCUCUCUUCCACGACAAGACGUUCAUCAAGAACCACAAGAUCACGUUUCGAUUCAUCUUAACAACCAAAUCCAAGAUUUAUUUGGUAAGCAUCGAUCCAAAGAUAGAGGUGUGUGAGUUAACCUUAGAUAUUCCCGGUUUAGAUAAAAUAUACAAAAUACCUAAAAUUUUGGUUGAUUGCGAUAAGUUAUUGGUUUGCGGCAUGGAGAGAGGAGCUGUGGUUUGGAACCCGUGCUUGAGACAGAGUAGAUGGAUCGAGCAAGACUCGAACCAAACUCAACUUGAGUCCCUUGGCGUAGGAUACAACAGUAGUGGGAGUUACAAGAUAGUUGCUGGUUGUCGUCGGAAGGAAGGAGAUUACAGCAAGUACUUGUGGAAAGUCCAUGACCUUGCCUCCAAUGCGUGGGAAGACGGCGAGUUAGAAUCUGGUGGUAAUUUAGAAAAAAGGCCUAUACUACACAACACGAGUUGUGUAUCUCUGAAUGGAAAUUUGUAUGGGGUUGUUUUUGUUAGCGAGGCCGAUCACGUGUACAGCGUAUAUAAAUUCGAUUACUCGAACGAACAUUUCUUCAGAUUCUGUUAUCUACCAUGCGGAACGACGGACCAUUUUAUGGAUGCUCUUGUCCUUGGAGCUUUUGAGGGAGAUCGUUUUUCAUUGUUAAAGCAAUGCCAUGCAACAAAAAAGAUUGAGGUAUGGGUGAGUAAGUACAAGAUUAAUAACAGUUUGGAUAGUGAAGGUGUGGAAUGGAUAAUGUUUAUGAAAGUGUCAAGUCCUAACUUGCCCGAUUUAGUAGAUAUUAACUACACUCAGCCAAGCUACUUCAUCGAAGAUAAAAGACUCGUCGUAUGCUCAUGCGAUGAAACUGGUCGGGCUUGGAUCUAUGUUUUCGGGGAAAAUAGUUUGAUCAGUAAAACUCAUAUUGAUUAUGUGGUUGAUCACUGGCCUUCGCACUAUACAUUUAUUCCCAGUUUGGUACCUGUUCCGGUCAAGGUCAAUGAGAAGAACUAG